AUGUCACCAAUUUAUUAUAAUCUGGAUUUUAAAAAAUGUUGGUCAAUCCGUUAAUGGCGUUUUUGGUCUUUUAAAAGCAACUGUAAAAGGACAAAAAAACGCUUCGAUUACGUACAGAUGGUCUAGUUUGCUCCGUAGCAAGCCUACCAUUUUCAUAGAGGUAUCCGUCCUUAAAUAACAAAUGCUUGGAAUAGAGGAAUAAUGUGAAAUGUUGACACCAUUAACGAAGCAUUCAUGGCGGACCUCCUCAUGCCUGUCAAUUAGGCAGGUAUAAAUUCCGUUGAAAGAGACGUUGCACUGGUUAAACCAAUCAAAAGCAUCUAUUCAUAUUCAUAUGACACUUUGAAAGUUGCUGAGGAUUCGGGAGCGCACGCAACUCUCUCUUAUUUCAAUAUAUUUGAAAUCCGGGCAAAAAAAUCAUAACUCUGCUUAUUAAAGGCUGUCUGGAAUGCAGGGCAUUUUUGGGUCUAUAUUUUCCUGGAGUUUCUUGGUGGUUGCGUGUGCAGAGUGCUUGAAUGCGUUUGAUUAUUUAAUUAGCAGAUCGACGUUGUGGAAUUUAUGUGAUUUUUCGGUAAGACAAGGUUGAAUUGGGCAUAGAAAACCCUUUUGCAUUUGCGUUUGCAGGUGGGAACUGAAUGUUAACUGCCACUUUUCUGCGAGUUUUGACGAUUUAUUUUUUCGGAGGAAGCCCGCAUUUUCUGAACAGAGUGUUUUUCUUUGAUAUCUUAAGGCAUUUUAAAGGUUUUUUUUGGGGAGUUUGAAUAUAUUUUACUGCUAGUCUUCUAUUGCUGCAUUAGGGUUUUUGUUAAAACACUCUUCACGGUUUUUUCUCUCUUGAGAGAAAACAUCCGGUCUAAAUCCUUUUUACUUGUAAAAUGCCAAAUACUGCGAGAUUGAAAAGAGGAGCAGUUCAAGGCAAAGGUGGUAAUUCUGGGAACUGCCAGUCGUCUUUGUUUCUUUUGAACUGCAAUGAGAUUGUACGAGAAGAGCUGUGUGAAUUUUCAUGUUCAUAUCGCCCGGGUGGACUAUUUGUAGACACCCAAUGUUUUAGCACUUUGAAAUUACAGCCCUCAUCAAGUUCUGAUAAAAGAGCAGUUUCGCAUGCUCCACUCGCAUCGAUUUCACUGUUCCUUUCCCAGAUAGGUUCUCAAGGUGGAUCCUCAUUAUGUAAAGAUGACAAUCCUUCAAUCCAGAUUAAUGAUCAGCAGAGUCUGGCCAAGGGAUUGUUCUCAUGGGGCAAGUGUGGCCAAAUGUUCUGUUUGGGAAGAAGGGCUACUUUAUCUUCUAACACUAGUAAUAAGAAUUUCCUGGGAUCUUCACAGACAAAAAGAGGUAGAAGUUCUAAUGCAGAUGGUCAAUUUCUUUCAAUGAGCUUGUCAAUGAAAGAUAAGAGUGACAUCUUGCAAUCAACUACUUCUUUUCUGGGUGAGAAGAGCCUUGAUGAAUCAGUCAGUGCUGACAAGGACAAGGAAUUCAAUGAAACGACAGCCAUUGCAGCUAAGGAAAUUGUAGAUUGGCAAAAGCAACCUGUUAUCCAGGAUAAAGAAGUUAAAUCUAGAGGAGAGGGUGCUUUCAAUACCUCUAAGCAUUUAUGGGCUGGUGCUGUUGCGGCAAUGGUUUCCAGGACCUUUGUUGCUCCAUUGGAGAGAUUGAAGCUUGAGUAUAUAGUGCGUGGUGAACAAAGGAAUAUUUUUGAACUUAUUCAGUUCAUAACUGCAACUCAAGGAGUGAAAGGCUUUUGGAAGGGUAAUCUUGUAAACCUGCUUCGCACUGCACCAUUCAAGGCAGUUAACUUUUAUGCAUAUGAUACAUACCGGAAAAAGCUACUUAAAAUGACAGGCAAUGAAGAUACAACAAACUUUGAGAGGUUUGUUGCAGGUGCUGCAGCAGGCAUUACUGCUACCAUCCUUUGCUUACCUAUGGACACCAUUCGCACAAGAUUGGUUGCUCCGGGUGGUGAAGCACUAGGAGGUGUUAUUGGAGUGUGCCAACAUAUGAUCCAGAGAGAGGGUUUCUUUUCUUUGUAUAAGGGUUUGCUACCAGCUAUUAUAAGCAUGGCACCUUCAGGUGCAGUCUUCUAUGGUGUAUAUGAUAUAUUAAAAUCAUCUUUUCUUCACUCACCAGAAGGCAAGGCAAGGCUUCAGUUCAUACAAGCAGAAGGAAACGAAGAAUCAAAUGCUUUGGAUCAACUAGAGUUGGGUCCAAUGCGGACUCUAUUGUACGGUGCCAUUGCUGGUGCAUGUGCAGAAGCUGCAACUUACCCAUUUGAGGUUGUUCGUAGGCAUCUUCAGAUGCAAGUUCCUGCAACAAGAAUGAAUGCAUUGGCAACUUGUGCAAAGAUUGUUCACCAAGGUGGUGUCAGUGCUCUUUAUGCAGGCCUUAUUCCAAGCAUGCUUCAGGUGUUACCUUCUGCUGCGCUUAGUUACUUUGUUUAUGAGUGCAUGAAAAUUAUUCUCCAUGUAGAGUGAUGGAGUUGUGGACUGCAGUGUGUACUUUACCUACCAGCUUGAUCCUUAGCGAUGAUGAUUUGGUUUACCUUAAGAUGGAUGGUAUAUUCUUUGAUAAGCAAUUGAGCAAUUCUCCCUUGUAGAUGGAUGUUGCACAUUGCAUGUAAGGCUUCCUUGCACAAAAUUGAGAUUGCAUGGAUAUUAUUACCUGUUUAUAAUUUAGAAAUUUGUACCAUUACUUAUCUGAUUUUUUGGGCUAUUGAAAGCUUAAUGCACAAUGCAUACGCUGUGCACAUGUUCCAUGCUAAAUUUGGUGACCAAGAUUGAUUGCCUCUAGAAAUCAUGUCACUAUCUUGUAUACACUUACAUAACGUUUGGCAGAGCAAAUUUCAAUAUAUUAAUUGCCAUUAUUUGAACUUUUA